AUGAAAAUGUCUCACGUUCUCGCCGAAAUCGUCUCUGAAUUCUCUGGAUUCCAACACCUUCAUACUUCUGCUUCGUCUUCAUCAAUUUCCACUACUCAAGUGGUUUCAAGAAAAUCAUCAACAUCAUCAGAUGCUCCCCGUCAUUCUCUAAACAUUACAGUAGGAGAAGCCGAAAUGUGUCAGAUUACCAGAAACAACAGUUCUAAUAGUCUCAAUGACUUCAACUGCCUCCAACGGAAAAACUCAUCAGCGUCGUAUCUUGUCAUCGAAUAA